AAAAAUGUUACCCAAUUUGGAUUUGGAAUAUUUUCAAUAUCUCCACUUCUAUCGAGUUCCUGAUGACCAUAAGAGAGGAUACGAAGAAUCUUUUUCCCCGCGUUUGGUCUCCAUAGGGCAGUUGCAUCAUGGGAAACCGCAUCUACAACACAUGGAAUCAUAUAAAUUGAGAUUCUUGGAUAGCUAUAUUAAAAGGAUGGGAUGUGAUUUCUCUUUAGAAGCUCUCACCACUUUCGCAAUGAAGUGGAUAAACUGCAAAUUGCCUGAAGACGGGAGAAAUAUCAGCAACGAUGAGUUUGUUAAAAUGAUGCUUCUCGAUGGGGCUGUCGUAGUUGAAGUUCUCUUGAUAAGAAGCGAUAUUCGAUCCAUAGGGAUGAACAAAAGCCUACUGGUCGUUAUGAACCUAACAAAUGGGAUAGAAGAAGACUUAAAGCACGAUAUGCUGUUGUUGGAGAAUCAACUCCCUCUUAGAUUUAUUGAAUAUUUGCUCAGUUUCCUUUCGGAACCUAUUACAAUUUACAAACUCCUUUUGGACAACUUCAACUUUGGUUUUGCUCCCAUAAUGGCCUCAUCUAAUUCAUUUUCAACUGACUUUGGAUGUCUUAGUUUUGUUGAACUCCUCAGAAGAAUGAUCACAGGAAUAGAUAAAAAAAUACAAUGUCAUGGGGAUUAUAUACAAAUUUGUUGCGCAACUCAACUACUAGAAGCAGGAGUCAAAUUCAAAGGGGUUAAGGGUCAUCAUUUCAUAAAAGACAUAAAAUUCUCCAAUGGAGAACUAUUGAUGCCUCCAUUUAUUAUAAACAAUCAUACCGAAACUUUAUUAAGAAACAUAAUUGCUUAUGAGAAAUGCAGCAAGAGAAAUGAGUACAUAUGCAGUUAUGUGAUGCUCUUGCAUAGCCUUUUAGACACGGUUAAGGAUGUCGAUCUUCUUGUCGAAGAAGGAAUCAUUGUCAACCAUUUCGGACGUAAUGAAAAAGUCCUUGAACUAUUUAACAGUUUUUACACCGUCAAACUAGAAAAGUAUAGGAGUGAUGAUUUUUAUUUCCAUGAGCUUUGCAAUGCUUUGAACACGUAUAGCAAAAGCAUUUGGCACCAAUGGAAGGCAAAAAUAUCCAAGUGGAAGAUCAUCCUUAUGCGCGACUAUUUUAGCAACCCAUGGACUGUCAUUUCGGUUAUUGGAGCAAUCAUCUUGCUACUCCUAACUAUCGCUCAAACCAUAUGCUCCAUCCUCUCAUUGUAA